AUGGCAAGGAUGAAUAGAAAAGAUAGUAUUGUUUUGGUUUCAUUAAAAAAAGGUUUAAAUAAAAAUAAUAUUAAUUUUAUUGAUUAUGAAGAUAAAUACGAUUUUAAUGUCUUAAAAAACCAUCUGAAAGAUUUAAAAAAACUAAAAGAAGAUGUAAUAAAAAGUAAAAAUGAAUCUAAGGAAUUAAUUAAAGAUAAUCUUGAUAAGUUUCUUUAUGAUUAUAAUGAAAAGAAUUGUAAUUUUGACGUAUUUUAUGAUAAAUGCUUACAAAUUAUUGAAAGAUAUUUAAUAAUUUAUAAAGAAAUAAAUGAAUUAUUUUUAAAAAAAGACUUAAAUAAAGAUAAUGAAAGUUUUAUAAAUCCUGAUAAUUCAUUCAGUAGUAGUGAGAAGAAUAAAAACAAAUUAUAUGAAAAACAAAAAAAAAAAAGUCUACUAAAUGAAUUAAUUGAUAAUAACAUAUUAAUCCAUAAUAACAAAUUUUUAUUUGAUUAUGAUGAUGACAGUGAAAUUUAUACUUCAAGUGAAGAGGAAAUUGUUAUAGAAAAAAAUUGUCUUAAAAAAAUAAAUUUUAAAAACAAUAAAAAUGAAAAUAAUAUGAAUAACUCAGAUGAUUUAUCAAAUAAUGAAUCAAAAAUAAGUAUAAAAAGUGAAGAUAAUUGUACAAAAACAGAAAAAUAUAAAGUUGAAAAUAACUAUAAAAAAACAAAAAUUAAUUUACUAAAUAGAUAUCCAUCUUAUUUAAGAGACUUAAUUAAAAUUGUAAAAAAUUCCAAAAAAAGAGAAAAAAGAAUAUUGCAAAUAAAGUUGUUAAAUAAACAUUGCAAAAAUAUGGAAAUAGGAAAAAUUAAUACCCUUUUUUAUAAAAUAUAUUUAUAUAAUUGCUAUUUGUAUAAUAAAAGUUAUAUUAAAAAAAAAAAAAGAAGAAUAUUAUAUAGAAUACUAAGAUAUAAUAUGUUAAAUUAUUGUUACAAUAAUCACGAUAUUUUCUUUGAAAAAAUGCUAAAGAAAAAAAAUAAAUAUAAUAGCUUAAGUAAGGAAAAUAUUGAAAAAUUAUUUAUUCCACAUGAUUGUACUAAUUCUGUAAAAACAUGUAAAUCUUGUAAAGAAAACAUAAAAAUACUUUUUUAUAUAACUAUUUAUGAUAAUUUAAAUUAUCCUUUAAUUUUAAAAAAUUCCAAAGUUAAUAAAAAAAUAAAUCUGUUGACACAUAUUUUUAUAAAUAAGGAAAAAUGUAAUCCAAUUAAUGUUGAUUAUGAUAUUGUUUAUCAUCAAAACAAAUAUAUAUAUAUGACAACGAAAAAUAAUAUAUUUUGUCAUAUUUUACAUGCAAAUUAUUUAAAAGAUAAUUUUAAUGAUUUAUUAUUGAGAAUUAAAAAAGGAAGUAAAGGAUAUAAUUUAUUAAAUGUUAUUUUUAAUAAAUAUAAGAAUAAUAACUUUUUAAGUUUCAAAAAAUUAAAAAAAUAUUUAGAAGAUACAAAGAAUCAAAAUAUAUUAUGUUUUAGUGAUGAUUUUUAUGAUGUAUUAAAACCCAAUAUUAUUAAUGAUGAAAAUUAUUCAAAUGUAUUUUUUGAUAAAAUAUUUUUUAAUUUUUAUAAUUUACUAUAUACAGAUAAAACUGGCAUUACUAGAGAAAGCCGUUUGCAAAAAAAAAAGCCUAUAGAAAUAAUUAAAAAUGAAGAAGAUGAUGAUUCGGACGAUUUUUUAUAUUUAGAUUCACGAAAUAAUAUAAAGAAAAUAAGUAAUAAUGAUUACUUAAUAAAUCAAAUAAGUAGCAAUGAUGAUAUUUUAUCAUUUAAUGGAAUGAAUAAAAAAUAUAUGAAUGUUAAAAAAAUUAAAAAUAUUGAUGAUAAAUAUAUAGACGAUGUAUGGGAUUGUAAUAUAUAUAAAUAUCGUUACAUUGCAAAUUAUAAAUGUAACAAUAGAAAAAAUGAUAAUGUGCAUUGUAAUUCUUUUGAAAAUUAUUUAAACAAGAUAAAUGAAGAAAUAGCAAUUGUACUGGAUAGUGAUGAUAGUGAUAAUGAUAUAAAAAAUAGCUUCGGAAAAGUAAAAAAUCUAAUGAACUAUUUAAAAGGAAAAAAUUAUAAAAAUUCAAAUACUAAUAAUAAAAUAAAUAUAUUAGAAAAAUCUAAUAUGCUACAUUUAAAAAAGAAUUUUAUUAUACAUCCUUUAAUUAACUCAAAAUGUAUAGGUUUUAAGAUAGAAGUGGACGAUAUAUCUGAUAGGAAAUUGGAUAUAUAUUGUAUCAACAAUAGUGAAUAUGUUAAUAUUUAUAAAAAUACUAUAGAUUAUUUAAAAAAUAACAUAAACGAAAAUAUUAAAAAAAAUUAUAAUGAAUACAAAAAUAUAAAACAUGUAUUAAAAAAAAAAGAAAAGUUAAAUGGAGUAUAUCAAAAUUUUAAUAAGGUUGAGAAUUAUAUAAAUAGUAAAAGUAAUAACACAAUUAAUGAAUACAUAGUUGUUAUUGAUGAAAAUAUAGAAGAAGAAACAUAUAAAAUAGAUAUAUACAAUUAUGCAGAACUAACAACGUAUAUAGUAAAUUCUAAAAAAGAAAAGAAGAAAGAAUUUUACUCUAAUUUUGUAAGGAAUGAAAUUUAUUCCCAUAAAUGGAUAAAUAGACUUCAAUUUAAAUUACUUAACUAUAGUAAUUUUUAUAAAAACAGUUUUUUUAAGAAAAAUCAUAUGAGAUUAAUAAAAGAUUAUUUAUAUGGAUUAUUAAUUAAUUCAUAUUAUGAAAAUAUUUAUGAUGUUUCCUUAAAUUUGUUAUUAAGCAAACACUAUGAACACUAUGAUCCAUCUAAACAAUUUGUUUUGAAAAACAUGAGUUAUAAUAUAAAUCAAAUUUAUGAAAGUUUGAUGAAUUCAAUUAAAAAUGACAUAAUGAAUAAUAAAAGUAUAAUAGAUGGAAAUAAUGUAACAGAAGAAAACAUGCAAUUAAAGGUUAAUGAUUAUUUAUUAAAUUAUAAGUGGAAUGAUGAAAAUAAAGAUUUUUCUAAUAAAAUUAUUGAUAAAUAUAGAUUUAUAUUAUUAUAUUAUUUAUUAUAUUUGUAUCCAAAAUUUUUAUAUAUUUUAAACAUAAUUCAAAUUCAAAACUUUAAAGAUGAAAUAAAAAUAACCUUACCCUUACAAGAGGAGCAACAAAUGAAAGAAAUUCAAAAAGAUUUCACCUCAGAAAAGAAAAUACUAAAAAGUGCAAAACAUAAUAAAAUUGAGAAUCAUGAAGAAAAAGAGAUUCAAAAAGAUUUUUACAUACCUCCAUAUAUUAAGAAUAGAAAAGAUAAUAACAUUUUAAAUUCUUUUUCCUUACAAAGUUUACUUCUGGUAAAUUUUUACGAACGCUUUGAGAAUUCUUUAUUUUUAAAUAUAUUAAAUAAAAAUAUUGAUAUAGAAUCAGUACAAAAAGAAAUACAUCCUAUCUGUUAUAAAACGUUAAUAUAUUAUAAUAAAAAUGAAUCACUAUCAAUUAAAAAGAAAUUAACGAUACCACAAUUAUCAACCCUUUUUAUUAUUUUAAAUUCGUAUCUAUCUUUUGCAACAAUACAACAUUAUUCUUUUUUUAACAAAAAUAAUAUAUGGAAAUUCUUAAUAUAUAAAUUUAGCGAAACUGAAAAAAAAAAGGCGUGUGAAUUAAUAUCAAAUGGAGAUAGCUAUUUUCCCUCAUCUUUUCUUCAAAACUUUAUGGAUACCUUUUUAGUUAAGCAGAAUGAUCGCUUCAUAGUAACAGAUAAAAUAAAGUGUAAACUUAUGAUAUAUAUCUUAUUAAUACAGUUAUGUAUAACUGAUAAUACUUUACCAAUAAGCUUAUCUUUGAUAAAUAGGAAUACAGGAAAUUUAUUAAAUAAGUUAAAUUUUUCAAUAAAAGAUAAAAUUAUAACUUUCAAUUUACAAGCAUAG